GCUCAUCCAACAAGCAGGCCGCUCGGUCGACACCAGCACCAGCAUCGACACCAGCACCAGCAUCGACGCCAGCACCAGCGCACACACAGCCUCGAUACCACACACGGCAGAAGCAUGGACCUGCUCGGCAAUUACGGCUCCUCUGACGAGGACGAGGUGGCCCAGUCUCACCAUUCCAAGAAAAUCAAAGUCGAUCUGGCACCGGAUGUCGCUGUGCACGACCUGUCCACCAGUCGGUAUCUGACAUCGCACGAGACCAAAGAGAUAUCCCACAAUGUCCCGUAUGCGGAUCUGUCCAAGCCCAUCCAGGGCCCAGAAAACCCGUUCCGGUCCCAAGAUAACACGCAUCGGAAUGUUCUGACAGGCCACUUUGAGUCCCAUGCCAUGUCCGGCUUUGACUUUGAUACACUGCAACGCACCUACCACCGAUUCGGGUACACAUACGAUCCGUCAACUCACACAGCCGGGCUCUACGGCAACAUCGAGCGCGCCUCUGAGCAGACGUUUGCAACCAUCAACGACAAAGUCAAAGCCAAAGAGUCCAAGGAGUCCAAGAAGGCCAGAGUCACCAAGGCCGACGAGAGCAAAAAGGACCCGUCCAACAUCGAGGGGUUCCUGGGCCCGUGGGCUGGCUAUGAGGGCGAGCAGAUCCACCUGGAGUUCCCCCCUGAUGCCGAAGCCGAAAACAAAGACGGGGCCGCCGGCUCGGCAGCAAAUGAGGGCGAGUCAACGGAGAAAGCCCCCUCCGCCGGGACCGAGCGCACGCUCUUCCAUGGCAAGAGUGUGCUCGAUUGGCAGGGCAGAACGUACAUGCACGUUCCCCAGGAUGUGGAUGUGGACCUGAACCACGAAAUCGGAAGCCAGGGCGAGUGUUUCUUGCCCAAGCAGCUGAUCCAUACCUGGGCCGGGCACACCAAGGGCGUCAACGCCAUCCGAUUCUUCCCAAACAGUGCCCAUCUGCUGCUGAGUGCCAGUAUGGAUAGCACCGUCAAGAUCUGGGACGUGUUUCACGACCGCAAGUGCCUGAGAACCUACAUGGGCCACUCCAAGGCCGUCCGUGACAUUUGCUUCACAAACGACGGUCGGAAGUUCCUGACAGCUAGCUACGACAAAUGGAUCAAGCUGUGGGACACAGAAACAGGCCAGUGUAUCUCGAGGUUCACCACCAAGCGAAUCCCGUAUUGCGUCAAGUUCAACCCAGACGAAGACAAGCAGAAUCUGUUCCUGGCUGGUUGUGCCGACAAGGUGAUCUACCAGUUUGACAUCAACACAGGAGAUAUCACCCAGGAGUACAACCAGCAUCUCGGCGCCAUCAACACCAUCACCUUCGUGGACGAGAACAGGCGGUUUAUCAGUACAUCUGACGACAAGACACUGCGGGCCUGGGAGUUCGACAUCCCGGUCGUCAUCAAAUACGUCGCCGAGCCCAGCAUGCACUCGAUGCCUGCCGUUGCUGUGCAUCCGCAGAAAAAAUGGCUGGCAUUCCAAUCCCUGGACAACCAGAUCGUGAUUUAUUCGGCGCGCGACAAGUUCAGAGCCAACCACAAGAAGAUCUUCCGAGGACACCUCGUCGCAGGCUAUGCUUGCCAGCCCAGCUUCUCUCCCGACGGACGAUACGUGACCUCGGGUGACUCGGAAGGCAAGCUGUGGUUCUGGGACUGGAAGUCAACCAAGGUCAUGAAAAAGUUCAAGGCCCAUGAUGCCGUGGUGAUUGGAUGCGAGUGGCAUCCGCACGAGACAAGCAAGGUGGCAACAUGCUCGUGGGACGGAACAAUCAAAUACUGGGAUUGAUGCAGCGGCACCAUCCCCCCCCCAAUACAACACCAUGAAACAACAUGC